AAAAAAGACAAAAAAAAAUACUAUUUGAUUUCUUCUCUCACUCUCUCUCUCUCUCUGUACAUUUGCUGUCAUCUUCUUCGAACAUCAAACCCAAAUUCGAAAAUUCAAAAUCCCGCCUUGGCUUUCGUCUACAAACCCUAACGUCGGUGCAUCCAGCACUUCUCUCCGGCGAACGUUGUUGACUCAUCGAUUGGCUCAAAUCGUCCCGCUACGUGACCUAAUUCUCCGUCUCACCAAGAUCCAGAUUAUUCCAAAUCCAGGCUCCUUUCAUAGGGAAAUGGAACGUUAUGUAACCAGAAGAGAUAAUGUUGUUAGAGAAACAGUUAAAGAAGUGAAAUUAACAAAAGAAGAAGAAGAAGAAGAUGGUAACGAUUGUGAACUGGAUCUACUCUACCUUGUACAUUCUGAUAUCUCAUCUCUUCUCCUUCAGAUUGAUGACCUCGUUGUUAAAGCCACAAAGGUUAACACCAUGAGCAAACAAGGGACAAGAGAAGUUAAAUCCUUCAGAUCUGUGUUGUCUGAUAUGCAUUUCUCACUAAAGCCAUGGUUUCCUCGAUUGCAAGAAGCGAUAUCCAAUUCUCAAUUGCUUCCAAAGGAUCAGGAAGAACAGUUUUUGAUGAGCAGUAGCAGUGUGCGUCCCCCAAGCGAAGAAGAAGAAGAUGAACUGUUUGAUGUUGAGAGUCCUGAGCCUACUCAAUUUGAACCCUUAGUCUCUCCUUCUCCUCUUGUAUCAUGGCGCGGCGAUCAUAACGCCGACAAGGGAAGACAACUCUUUCUCUUGACACCACUACCAUUAGGCAAAUCUGAAUACCUUAAACAUCAGAACGCCUCUAAGCUGAAAUCUAAAAUUUUUUUCCCAAAAGCUGCUGCAAAUCAACCGACAGAAGCUUCUGAAGAAGCAAGUGAUGAUGUUUUAGGAGUUGUGUCCAUGAAAACGUGUGAGCCAUUGUCUUCACCAGUUCUCGGGAGAAAAAUUGAGUCUGAGCUUCUAAUGACACCUUGCUUGAAGAUGUCGCCUCCGAGAUCUUUAACAUUGUUUAAACCGGUUCCUGAAUCUUCUCAACCGGAAAAGCAAGGGGCUUGUGAGUCUACUUGCUCUGAAUUGGGAGCUAGCACUUUCAAUGGUUCACAGAGCUCUGGUUCAUCCUCUGGUUUAGAUAAACCAGACGAUCUCUAUUCAAAGUAUCCUGAGCUUUUGGGAAUACAUCAUGCUCCAAUAACUAGAAAGACGGAUCUAGAAUCAUCUCCGGUUUGGGGGUUUUCUCCUCCUAAUACAUGUGUUUUGCUGGAGCAUGUGAAUGAUAAGAAACCAACUGAUGAAACUGGUGGAUCAAGAACGGUAUCAUCAUUUGCUUUUCCAUAUGUUGAACCAGAAGCAGAACACACAAAAGAGGUAAGUAUGUCAAUGGUGGUUGAGAGUACUCCAUUGUUGAAAGAAGCAGAGAGUGUAAUGACGAAAAACAGAACAAGAGCGGGAGAGAGUACUCUGAAGAAAGAGUUAUGGACAAGAUUUGAAGAAGCUUCGAUGCACGAAAAUCGUUUCAGCUCGAUGACGACAACAACGGUGAGAGGAAAUAAUAAGAAAGGGUUCAUGGAAAUGUUAGAGGAAGUGUGUGGCAGUGAAGAAAGUUAGGUUUUAAAUUGAUGGAACAAAGCACCAAAAGAUAAGUCUAUAAUAGCUUUCUUCUUCUUCCUUUGUUUGUAAUUUUGUCAAUUUUACGGUUCAUCUUGUUUCGAUUGGUUCCAUUGAAAUGAAGAGGAAAAUUUAAUGAAAUGAACAGUAGAGAAAAUGAGUUUUAUUAAAAAUCGAAAACAUUUGUUUAAAA